CUGAGAGGGGACAAGCGCCUCAAGGCACCGCACUCCGACCUCAGCCACUGGUUUCGGACCAAACCCAUUGUGACCGAUGCGAGCUGCCCACAGGAAGCUGCUGAUGAGCUAAGGAGGAGAACCACGAAGCAGCAGAUCUGAGGUUUGGCUGAAAGACAUGGCCGGUAAAUGCAAGAGGCUGUCGCUGUGGCUGCUCUGGGCUGUGCUGCUCUCAGGCCACGUCGCCAUGGAAAUGGACGACUGGAGGCUGGAUUUAGUGCGUGUGGGAUCUGUGACUGAGCCUCUGGUGAACGAUCAGCUACUCUACAGACAACAUGCUGCUCUGACACGAAGGAAAAGGAAUAUCCUGUUUCCAAGUGGAGUAAAACUUUGCACUCAGGAGACUCUGGACCAGGCCAUCAACAACCACCUCCACUACUUUCAUCUUCGAGUCUGUCAGGAGACGGUCUGGGAGGCCUUUAAGAUCUUCUGGGACCGGCUGCCGGAGCGGGACGAGUAUCACGACUGGGUCAGUCGCUGCAUGGACGGGUCGCUCAGCGUCGUGGCCAUCGGCAGCUUCUUCAGCCGCUCAGAGGAGCACGUGAACCUCAUCAAGGAGAGAGUCGCUCUCGCUGCUGCGGUGAACAGUGCUCCCAUCACCUCAGGUCCUCCUCCAUGCAGCUCUGACUCAUCACAUGUUCACAGCGGAGGACCAGAGAGAAAGACUUUGCCAGAAGAAGACGUUGUUCUCAGUUCAGAGACAUCUGAAGGUGAUGGAAGCAUAUCUUUGCCUGGAUCCCAGUUCACUGCAUUGACACCCUCUCCUGGAGCAGCAGUAUUGAGUCCAGAAGCUUCUCCAACCGCUCUAAGCACUGAUCAUGUGGAUUCCACCUCUCAGCCGGACUCUCAUUCCUCAGAGAACAUUCCUACAAUGAAGCCUGAAAUCCCUACAGUGGGUCGUGACACUACUGGAGAUACUCUGGAUGUUAGCUCAGUGGUUUCUGAUACCUUUACCCAUGAGAACCUUGAUGGGAACAUGGGAGCAGACAAACUUAUCCCAGACUCAACAGAUGAGGAGUCUGAACCUACUGCAGAGCCAGAUGAUGAGACUGUGGAAAUCAUUUCUCAAGAUCUGCUGUUUUCAGAGGUGACCCCAAGAGGAGAGGAGCCGCCAUCAGAGGUCGUGGCUCAGGAGGCCCUCACUGCAGCUACUGCUGCAGUUUUAACACCGACACCGGAGGAAUUAGGCCUGGAAGUGUCUCCAGGACGUGUCCCUGAUGUCGAAGGAGUAAUGGAGUCUGUAGGUGUCACACCAGCUGUGACCUUUAGUGAGGACAUUCUGGAGACCCCAACUACAGAGUCACCUCAACUAAUUACUGAAAUGCUGCCAGAAGCUUCAGAUGUACGUCAGACAGCAAAUCAAGAACCCACUGGGAACCAACCACAGACAACUCAGGAUGAAACCAGAAGUGAGACAGAGGCAAACCGAACUGUAAGCGUAGAUCCAGAAGGAGACAAAGCACACGCCCACGAAAUAUCAGACACGGACUCUGUGUCUGAUGCAGAGGCUGAUGUUCCUUCCCAGACCUCUACGAUGAUUACAGUGGAAAUACAUGAACAUAGUGGGAAUGACCAAACAACAGUGAUUAAGGAGGAGAUUGGAACAGCUCCAGAUGUAGAGACUACCAUUAAAGAGGCUGUAGAGGCGACAGGUACAUCAGAAGACGCCAAGCAUAAAGGAGCUACGCUUGUCUCUCAGGAUCAGGCUGCUGAAACUGCAGCUGUGGGAGAAAGCGAAAACAGUGAAGAAACUGGAAGUCACAGUGAAACAGCAGCCACAGAAGAAGCAAGAGUGAUAGAAACCACUGACCAAAGCACCCCCAGGGAGGCAGAGGGUGGAACAGUGGUUCCAACUGUGGUGGCCUCAAACACAGCAGAACAACAAAAGGAACAUGUGGAUGAGAAAACAGAAGAAACUACAGAAGAAUCAGGUCCUGACCUGGAAGACCUGGAAGACUCGCAAGAUCCAACUGAGCCGACAGAAAAUGUGGAAACAAUGACUGCUAAAGUAGAUGGGAAGACCGAACCCAGGGAACCAGAUACACAUACAGAACCAGCUCCAGAACCAGACCUUGAUCUAAGCAGUGUGGCAGAAACAAAACUUACAAAACCAGCAGAAGACUUUGAAGAUGUAGAACAAAACAAGCCCACAGAAGAUCCAAGACAUUUUGUAGACGUGAAACCUACAGGAGCAAAUGCACAAAAAGAAGCACCUGAUGAUGAAAGCCAACCACCAACAGACAGUGAUGAGUUCUCUAUAGGAAUAUCAGAGCGAGAACCAGAACCAGAACCAGAACCAGAACCAGAACCAGAACCAGAACCAGUAGGAACCAAACCAGAUGAGACAUUUGAUGGAAGUCCUUCAGAAUCCGAUGAGGAGAUCACUCCAGUUGUUGUUACGGUUCCAGAGAACACAGAGGGGUUACCACCUGGGACCGAGGCCAAGGCUACACCUGAGUCGGGCCUAAGGGGGACAGAUUCACCUUGGAGCUUCACCUGGGUAGUUGAACUGUCAGAUGAAGUCACUCCAUCUGCACCUUUUUCACAUGUGGACAUCACAGCAGAUGUUCCAAGUAAAACAUCUGAAGCAGCUGUGACAGGGAGGGUUUCAGACCUGGACUCCCAGGAGGCGCCUCCUCUGUCUCCUGAAGACUUUAGUCUGGAGGCUGCACCUGAGGAGGAGCCUACCACAGCGGUGGAUGGUGUCCUUCCUGCUCCAGCAGAGGAACAACAUGUAACUGUAGAGAGCACAAAGGACAUAAUGGCACCUCCAGCUGAAGCAACAUCUGACGUCCCUGCAGGGAGUGUCCACGGAACCCAACAGGCCACGUCUGUGGAGGUUACAGCUACGGACGUGGUUGAGUACAACAAUGGCAACUUCCCAGAGCCAACAGAAAAGCCUCACAGCGCGUACCACGACCUGCUGGGGAACAAUGGCUUCGGCUUGGAGGACGACAAAGAGACCUCGAUCGGUAACGAGAUCGACGACACCUUACUGCGGCCGCUGAAGCCUCUGAAGGACCAAGUAGUGGAGCUAAGCAUCAAACUAAGAGGAGAAACCUACAACGACGCACUCAGAGACCCGGGCAGCGUCCACUACCAGCAUCUGGCCAGACACUUCACACAUAAGGUUGAAGACGCGUUCGAAAAUCUGCCAGGCUUCAAGAACGUCCACAUCCUUGAGUUCAGGCCGCAAAAGGACUUGGAGCGGGGGCUUGUGGUCCUGGUACUCUACACCAUCACUGUGGAAGUUGAAAACAGCGGCAUCUCCAGCGACAUGCUGGACUUCAUUUCUCUGCAGAAUAACGUGGUGGAGAAAAACUAUCCUGGUGCUGCAGAGCAGCCCACCGUUGUAUACACCAUCACCGACUUCCGCAACUACAUCACCGAAGCUCUGCACAAGGACAACUUCAUGAGCAACAGCAGCCUAGAGCUGCAUCCAGACCCACUGCUGCUGGAGAACACCCAGAAUGUGUUGCCUGCUGUGAAACCUACGAUUCGGUCAGCUGACGCCUACGACAACAUGGACAACAUCCUGGCUGCAGAAAAGCCUCCUGAUGCUCCCACCCAUGAGACUGACACCAGCGACGUUUUCCUAAAGAAGGACGACUUCCUGUUUGACCCCUUUGACACACGCCAAGGUCAUCAGAGCGUAUUGGUGAGCGAGAAUGACGUUUUCCUGUUUGACGAGAGCACGGCUCCUCCACCCCAUGCUGUCACGUUGGACCUGGAUCCGGGCAAUAAUGGAAAUGUUGAGGAUGAGGGAUUUCUUCUCAGUAACAUUCCUGGCUUUGGAGACCAUGCCUUCCACAAGGACCAUGCUGUUGUACCUCCAGAUUCCUCUGGUGCUGCAACAUCUCCAUCAGUGAGAACUCAGGCCAAUAUAGAGGAGGGAUCUGGCUCUGGUUCCUCUGGAGAUGGACAGGAAACUGAUGUCUGGUCCUGGCAGUCAGUGUUGACUCAUGGGACCUUUUACAACGGUGGGGAUGACAGUUUAGAGGUUCUACCACCACCUGACCAGGAGGAGGUUGGGGAUGAAUAUGAGGAGGGCAUUGUUGUCGACUUGCCAAGUACUGCAAAAAGUGAAGUGGUUGCUAUGAAGGUAGAAUUCACCAGCACUCCUCAAGUCAAAUCAGUUCCUGCUUCUGAAGAAUCAUUCCCAGAAAGAACUAUUGAAAACUCUUUUGUGGAUCAAGUGCCCCUAACACCGCACAUCAGCAUCCAUCCACAGGACUCAACCGUGACUGAAGCGCCUGCAUUUUCUCCCGAAGGAACAUCGACUGUUGGGCUUUCAGUGCCGAUAGCCGAAGCCUCUAGCAUAUACGUUGACUUCUACUUUACUCAACCAAAUACAAUUGCAGCACCAAUAACAAAUCCUCCCGAACCUGAAGCUUGGACUCCCAAGUCCCCUGUUGAUAAAGAACCAACUGAUUCUGGGGUUGAAAUUCAUGAAACUGCAGAAGCUGUGGAAGUAACUGUUGUUGCAGUAACAGAUUACCCCAUGACUAAAUCAGACUCACCUAAGAUGAAGGAGGUUAAGAAUACUGACAUUCCCACAACAGAAGCUCAUACCUUUGUAGAAAUCCAGGUAGAAACAGCCUUAGAUACUAUCACUGAGGAGCCACCACUAAUCAAGGAAGUCACAGAAAAGCCAAAGCUGUUAAUUCACCAUGAGGUUGAAAUUUUGGCAGAGGUACACAUGGGCACAACCGAUCCUACAACCACAACGACACAACAAGUUAAAACUAUAGACGAAGACCUGAUUGUGGAUGAAGUCAUGGUUGUCACUCCUGUCCCAAGUACGUCUGUCCACUCAGUCCACAGCAGCGUCAUUGCAUUGUCACCUGAGAAGGAGUCACCCUUCACGCGAGUGUCUGAUUCUGUGCCAGAGGACGAGGACCUGGUUCAACAGGAAAAUCUAAACCACGAGGAGACUGAAAAGGCCAUUACUCAGUCAACACCAUUGAUUGAGGUUGUAAACGAUACAACACCAAGCUCAUCAGGCCCCUCGGCCAUAGUCACCACGGUGGCAGACACGUCAGAAGCGAAGCUAGGCCCAGAAGUCAAAGACAAUGGCCCCGCUACCGAGCUCCAAACAUUUGAGCAUGUUCCCAACAUUGACGUGAGUUUUGAUGUGUUCACUAUGGCGAGUGAAGGGGACAGCAGCGGAUUCUCCAGCGGAGCUCAAGGCUCAGACCUAGACGCCAUUGCAUUACCAACUCGACCAGGAAGGGCACUGACGGUGUUCUUCAGCCUCAGGGUGACCAACAUGGCCUUCUCCAUGGACCUCUUCAACAAAAGCUCCCCUGAGUACAAGGCCCUGGAGCAACGCUUCCUGGAACUGCUGGUGCCAUACCUGCAAUCCAACCUUAACAACUUCAAGAACCUUGAAAUCCUCAACUUCAGGAAUGGCAGCAUUGUGGUGAACAGUAGAAUGAGGUUUGGGAAACCGGUUCCCAGUGGAGUCACCAACACGGUGUACUUAAUCCUGGAGGACUUCGCCAACACCGCCUACCAAACUAUGAAUCUGGCAAUAGACAAGUACUCUUUGGACGUUGAAUCAGGCGACAGAGCAGAUCCCUGUAAGUUCCAGGCAUGUAACGAGUUCUCCAGGUGCAUGGUGAACCAGUGGUCGGGCGAGGCCGAAUGCGUGUGUGAUGCUGGGUAUCUGAGUGUGGACGGGUUGCCGUGUCAGAGCAUCUGUGAUGUGCAGCAUGACUUCUGCCUGAAUGAUGGCAAAUGUGACGUCCUCCCUGGCACAGGCGCCAUCUGCAGGUGUCGUGUUGGAGAGAACUGGUGGUAUCGCGGUGAGCACUGCGAGGAAUAUGUGUCGGAGCCUCUGGUGGUGGGCAUCGCCAUCGCUUCGGUAGCUGGUUUCCUUAUGGUGGCAGCAGGGAUCAUCUUCUUCUUGGCCAGGACACUGCGAGAGCAGUAUGAUGGGGAGGACACUGAGGACCCGCUGAGACGUGGUGACAGCGUGCCUACGCUGGAGCGUGCCACCAAAUUUAACCCCAUGUUUGAGAGUGACCCAGUGACGGCCCAGUAUUACCGUCGCUAUGACGACAGUGUGCCCCAGUACUAUCGGCGCUGUGAUCUGGACCCUCCCCAGUACAGCAGCUCCAUUAAUGCUGAUGUCUCCAAAGAUGUCAGCAGUGAUGAGAUACAGCAGAUCUACCAGAACACCACACUCACCAAAGAAGAGAUACAGGAGCGUCUGAGGAUAAUUGAGUUGUGUGCAAGGGAUCAACACUUUGCAGACUUUGUGCGACAGACUCAAGUAUUUCUGGAGAGAAGAGGGAGCUCCACUACAUAGUGAAGAGGAGGAAGAGGCCACGAGGAACCCACCUUUUCUGUGGCCUGACAGCAGCGGCGUUCGACUGGAAGCGAGGCCGAUGGGCUGCUGAACUCUUUGGGUUUUCCUGAGGCUCCUCUUCCUGUUGGACACAAGGCGCUUUCUAUCAUCAUCAGACUUUAUGUUGUGGAAACACUUAUCCAGUCUCUGCUCAGUCUGUUUUCAACCACUUACCUCUGUCUUACUGUACAUGUCAUGGCUUUUCUCUUUAGCUUGAUUUCAAGCAGUUCAGUUUGUCCCCAACCACAAACGACACAUCUCACUGUUUGACUGAUCCAUUCUCCUGAUGUGGUGUAUCCGAGGUGUGCUCCUCCCCAUCAGUGCCUUCGCUAUCAGAACGUUUGGGUUUGAUGUGUAGGAUGUUGUAGCGUUGUGGUAAAUUUCUGAACUUGCCUGCUCUGUUUCAUUCUAUCAGCUGCUGACAAACGCCUGCAAUCCAAAACAAGUGUUUACAUUUCAUGUACGCUGGAGUCUAAAACCCGUGUUGCCUGCUGGUGUCUGAGCGUGUCCGUCCUAACCAGCAGUGAUCACACAUAUAUACCCUGAUCCUAGAGCUGUAAAUGCGGAGACCUUUUUCAUGCAGAGUAUUGGUGCAUCCACAGCAUGUUGGAGGUGAGAGCUGUUCUCUGUGACGUUGUGUCGCAGGUGUCAUGAUUAAAAGGAGCCCAGUUUCGUAGACCUCUGUGCUUUCUAUCAAAUCCCAAAACGUGUGGUAUUCAUCACCACUCAGGUUGAUAAGAUGCUCUUUAGCUCCGUUAGCAUCAACGUGCUCCUGCUGUGCCCCACUCCUCCUCUUUGCUUGAAGCAGUAGAAGCCAGGGUACCUUUAUUAAAUGGCCGGAAAUUUAGUCAUUUCUUGUUGAAAAAUAUAAUUUUGAUCCAGAUAUAUUCUUGGUUACUAAGGAUGUAUAUUGUUAGUAAAAAGUCAAAACAGACACUUUCAGAAACUAAGCCUACAUAGCACAACGAUCUAAAGUCUAAAGCUAAGCCACCAGCAGUAAUCUAUGACACAACCAGGAAAAUCAGUUCAAACUUUACUGUCUUACAUGACUUAAAUGAUAUUUUUUGUAAAGUCUGUUUCUUCUGUAACUAAAUGACCUCAGAUCUAGAUGAAGGUGUGUCCAGAUGAUAGACAGUCAUCCUCUUUGUUGUACUGUGUGUGUGUUUCUUCCUCAGUCCAGUAGAAAUGCCAUUGUCAAUGUCAUUUGUUUAUGUUUGUGUGAGUUUUCUAUUGGAUUUUCUAUCCAGUUAGUGUAAGGACCUUUGUUGUGAAGUGUGUAAGUGCAGGUUGGCACAGUUACAUUUUUCUAAAUUAAAAUGACAAUAUUUUUUACA